AGCAACAAACUUUAAUGCUACACUAGUCUCACAUUAACAGUCGCCAAGUAACGAUCUAAAAGUAAAAACAGCGCUCUGAUCGGACGAAAAGUGAUUACAAUUACACUCACUCUUCCUCUUCUUUUCAUUAUUAUUAUGAUUGUAUUGUGUUCAAUUCUGUUUUAGUCAUUUUGUUCGCUAGUUGAUAAUAAGAAUUAGAUCUGAGUUAACGAAUAAGAAAACAAACAAAGAAAGAAAGAAGCAAACAAAAAAAAAAUAAAGAAUAAAAUCUUGGAAAAAGAAACGAAUUAAGAAAAUUAACAAAGAAAAAACACGUUUAAAAACGAAGUCGAGAACAAAAAAGAAAGAAAUAAAAAUAAGAACUACUCACACAUUUACAUUCAUAAUAUUUCAUUUGAGUGACUGAAUGUUUGUGUAUGUUUGUAUGUGCAUGCAGAAAGCAGCAAAUUCAGGCAAAUUAUAAAUUGAAAGAACUGUUGAAAAAGGCAACAACAACUUCAACGAAGAGAACUGUAGAAUAAAGCAACCAAGCACUUUUUUAUUCUUUUAUCUGUCUUCUCAAGAACCAAAAUAACAAUCAGUAAAUAAAUAAUAAAAAAAUAUACAUUUGUGUAUACAUUUUGAUUUUUUUUUCGUAUUUUAUGAGACUUUAAUGUUUUUUCGUUGUUGAUUCCUUUACUGCUUCAACUUCUUUGUCGCCUGUUUCUUCGUUUGUAUAAUUUAAAACAGCGUAUCAACCAACGUCGCAAUAGCUGCUGCUGCUCCCUCUCCUUUAAUUGUGUGUGCUUUUGAAUGCAAGUAGUGAGUUGGUGUGCGCCCGCCCGUCUUCCAACAAAUGCAAAUAAUAGUGUGUUAGGCGAUCAUUGUGUUAUUGACUGGAGAGUUUUUGCUAAUAUUUUAAAAAUAAUAGUAAUAAAAAAGAAACACGCGUAAUUUGGAGAACAUAGUUCGUUUAGUUGCAUUGCAUUGGAAACAAAAUUUCAAAUUGAUUUUCUAACUCUCUUGGCAAAUCAAUAGAAAACUACAAGUUAUAAUUGCAUCAAUUGUCGAUACUCGUCGUCCAACACCGCAACUAAGACAAUAAAUAAACAAUAAUAAAUGCAAAAAAAAAAAAUAAACAAAAAAAAUUAAUAGCAAUUGAGAACAAUAAUUUAAAAUACGUACAUACAUGUAAAGGAAUGAAUACAAUUAAUUAAGUUAUUUUAAACAAAUAUGACAAAUCAAUAACUAACUAUAAAAUUAUAAUAGCGAGCGUAUAAUAAGAAUACAACAACAAUAAAAUCAACAAGUGUUUCAAGUGUUUGUGUUUAAAACAAUAACAAAAUUGACUAAUAAGAAAAAUAAAAACAAAAAUUCCAAUUGCUUAGCAAUUUAUCUAUAGUCGUCAACUCUAGCCCUGUUGCAUGUCAUUGUUAUUGCAUUAAUUUUUUUAAUAUAAAAUAAUACAAAAUGUCUGCAGCAAUUGUGCAAAAUAAUACCUCGACUACCACAACAACUUCAAACUCCAACAGAGCCAUUUAUUUUGAUUGCGGUGACAUUUUUACAACGAACAAAGCCACCGAAAACUUACAUCAAAAUACUAAUAAUUUAUCAAAUGGUCAUAUCGAUAUUGGCAAUUCAAUGACUGAACUAAGCUUAAUGGACAUUAAUUGUUCAAACAAUUCUUCAAUGGAUCAAAUGGAUAAAAUGGAUCAGAUGGAGCAGCAAAUUCAACAACAGAAUCAAAAUAAAACACUUAAUCAUCAAAUUCGUUUUCAUGCAGCAUUAACACGUACAAUUUCGACACCGCAGCCACAGUUGAAACAACUUCAUCUCAAUCAACUGCAUUCCCAUCAGCAGCAGCCGCAACAACAAUCGCCAACUCAACAGGCCAACACAUUAGAGGCCACACUUGUAAAUACACUUAUCGAAAAUUUGGGUAAUAUUAAUUUACAUCGAAAACUAGAAAGAACUCAAUCCGAACCAUUGCCUCAGCAGCAAGUCAACACUUCAAGGUAUAAAACGGAACUUUGUCGCCCCUUUGAAGAAGCAGGCGAAUGCAAGUACGGUGAAAAGUGUCAAUUUGCCCAUGGCUAUCAUGAAUUGCGUAAUUUGCAAAGACAUCCCAAGUACAAAACUGAAUAUUGUCGUACAUUCCAUAGUGUAGGCUUUUGCCCUUAUGGACCACGUUGUCAUUUUGUGCACAAUGCCGAUGAAGCACGUGCUCUACAACAGCAGCAGCAGCAACAACAACAGCAGCAGCAACAACAGCAACAGAUUCAGCAACAAACUAAAUUACAGAAUCAUUCCAAUUAUUAUCCAUUGAGCGCAAAAUCUAGUCUCAAUGGUAGCGUUGGCGGUAUUGGUGGCGGUGGCACAAUCAAUCAUUCCCUACCACUUAGUCCCCCCUUAAGUAUGUCAACUGGUUCAGAUCGCGAAUCACCAACUGGCUCUUUGUCACUAUCACCCACAAGUUCCAUGACAAAUUUUCCAUUCGGUGAACAAAUUAGUCCAGCUAAUUCAGUGUUUCAAACAGCUUUCACUUAUGUAAAUACACCACCCGAAAGCCCCAAUGCUCCCAUGUCGCCAGUGAACACACCACCACCCACUUUAAUGCUCGGUCAGACACCAGUAUACAUUAAACCAGUUGUUGCCAAUACCAUUGGCGUUACUCCACAACCUCCAGCUAAGCAAUUAUUGCAAAAAAGUUCUAGUUCUCCCAUCGCUAUAACACGCAGCGGUAGCAACGCCACCAACACCAGUAAGCCUCCAAUCAAAGUUAACUCUGUGUCAUCAUUAAAUGGUGCUGUGACAGCCGAAGAGGCACGUUUACCUGUGUUCAAUCGCAUUAGUAGCAACUCCACUGCAGACGCAUUCUCGCAUGUAGCUUUAUAAAUUCUCUGUUAGAAGUAGAUUUUUAAUUAUUUUUAUUUUCAUUUAUUAUUAUUUUUUUAUUUUUAAUUUUCAAUUGACUAAACGUAAACAAAGUCACGCUAUGUAACUGGGUAUGUAAGGCGGUGCAGUGUGGUGCAGUGGAGCCGUAUUACGUCUGAUCUAGCAGAAAAGAACUGCGCCAACGAGUAAUUGUGAGUAAAAGUGAGCAAAGCGUUGACGCUUACGUUAAAAAAAAUGGCAAAUUAAAAUGAAAAAAAAAAAAAUCGUAUACACAACAACAUCAACCAACAACAACAAAAUCUCAAUAUUCACAAUAUUUAACUGAAAA